UGAGGUAUGUCAGAGCAGGGCAUAGGCCAGGGAGGAACACCUGAUCUGGUCUGUGCUUUUUGUCAGAGGCUAUAUUGGAUCACAUGUUCUGGUCACUUUGUUUACCCUAAGCCCAGGGUCGCCAGGAGAAGAAAUAUAGCCACAUCUUAGCCAUUGCUAUGAGAAAGUGGCAGGAAAUGACAAAGGAGGAGCUGGAGUCUCAGUAUUCCCCUAGCAGGUGGUCUCCACGGCUGGAUAAGGAUGCGGUGAUUGAGGCUCACAUAAAAGCAGUGACUGAAGGUACUCAAAAUGCCCACACAUUCACCCAGACUCUGCUGAAUGUCCCCUAUGGCUCCAGUGAGGGAGAGAAACUGGAUGUGUAUCUUCCUAAAAAGCAUGUUGAAACCUUUCCUCUGGUUCUCUAUAUUCAUGGUGGCUACUGGCAAAGCUUGAGCAAAGAUGUUUCUGGCUUUGCUGCAUGCCCCCUAGUGAACCAAGGCAUUACCUUGGCUGCAGUUGGCUAUGAUGUGGCUCCAAAAGGCCAGCUGGAGGUGAUGGUCGAGCAGGUGCGGCGUAGUGUGGCUUUUGCAGUUCAGCAAUACACAGGGAUCAGUGGUGUCUACCUGCUUGGGCACUCGGCAGGAGCCCACCUGGCAGCCAUGGUGCUCUCCACAGAUUGGACCAAAUUUGGUGUUGAGCCAAACAUCAAAGGUGCCUUUUUGGUGAGUGGCAUUUAUGACUUGGAGCCCAUCACACACACCUAUGUUAAUGAUCUAGUGCGCAUGAGCUGUGCAGUGGCCCAACAGAAUAGCCCUGUGUGGUGUGUGCCAAAGGUGAAAGGCAAGAAAGCUUGCCAGAUACUCAUUGCGGUAGCCCAACACGACCCACCUGAGUUCCACAGACAGUCUCAGGAGUAUUGUCAGGCUCUUCGUACAGCAGGUUGGAGGGUCUCCGUGCUAGACCUUGGAGAGACAGAUCAUUUUGAUGUCAUUGAGCAGCUCUCCCAGGAGAACUAUCUCCUCACACAGGUGAUUUUGAACAUGAUUUCAAGUGGCUGAAGCCAGGAAUGAAACAACAGCUGUCUGCCUGCUGUCCCCUUCUCCACUGCCUUUCCAUUGUGCUCUUUUAGGUCAGACAAGGAGUGAACUUCCUGCCCCUUUCCUUUCUCAGCUGCAGAUGCAUUGGGACCAGAGAUCUGCACAUGAAACUUCGAAACAGCCCUCUUCUGCUCCCACACUGUGACUUCUAUUAUGGCAUGAGAGAUGAAAACAUUAAAUAAAACCAGAGCCUGAACUGCA